UUCUUCCAUUUCUUCUGUUCUCGUUUCUUUGUGGAACAUGUGGUGGCUGAGAACAACAGCACUUCCCUCUGUUCUGUUCCUGUGUCUGCUGUUUCUCCAUUGCAGAGGAGAAUUAUCACCGGAGGUUUCUCCAAUGGAGAGAUCAGAACGACAAGCUCUGUACUCCGCCAUCAAUGGCUUUGUUGGAGGCUCAUGGAAUGGCUCUGAUCUCUAUCCUGAUCCUUGUGGUUGGACUCCCAUUCAGGGUGUUUCCUGUGACAUGUUUGAUGGGUUGUGGUAUGUCACCGAUUUAACACUUGGCCUUGUUUAUGAAAACUCGCUUUCUUGUGCCGCAAGUUUGAAGAUAAAGCCGCAGUUAUUUGCCUUAAAGCACUUGAAAUCCCUCGCGUUCUUCAACUGUUUCACCGCUCCCAUCACAAUCCCUGAAAAGGAUUGGUUAAACCUUGCAUCCAGCUUGGAAUCGCUCGAGUUCAGAUCCAAUCCUGGUCUGGUUGGGGAAUUUCCUAAAACCAUCGGCAAUCUCGCAAAGCUGCAGUCUUUAGCGGUUCUGGAAAAUGGGUUCAACGGGAAAUUACCGAAGACCAUCUGCAACUUAACGGGGUUAAAACGGUUGGCUAUGGCGGGGAAUUCAUUCAUAGGCAAGAUCCCAGAUUGUCUCAAUGGAUUGAAAGAGCUAGUGAUUUUGGAUUUGAGCAGCAACUAUUUCUCCGGGCCGUUGCCUCGUUCUUUUGGAGACCUUGUCUCGUUGCUUAAGCUUGAUCUCAGCAACAACCUUUUAGAGGGAAGGCUGCCUCAAGAAACGGUAUCUUUGAAGAAUCUCACCCUUUUGGAUCUAAGGAACAACAAAUUCUCAGGUGGGUUGCCUCCGAGUGUUGAAAAGAUGCCAUCUUUAUCAGAACUGGCGUUGUCAAACAACCCAAUUGGCGGGGACUUGUUGGGAAUAAACUGGAAAAGGAUGGGAAAUUUGGCCAUUUUGGAUCUUUCGAACACGGGUUUGAAAGGUGAGAUUCCCAUUUCCUUAACCAGUAUGAAAAGAUUGAGGUUUCUCGGUCUGAGAAACAACAGUCUCACAGGCAAUGUCCCAUCAAAGCUUGAAACUUUACCUUGCCUCGGCGCUCUCUACAUCGACGGAAACAACCUGACAGGAGAGCUUAAGUUUUCCAGAAUGUUCUACCAGAAAAUGGACAGAAGAUUCGAUGCUGCGAGAAACCCUAAUCUGUGUUAUCCAUUGGAGAUCAUGUCGUCGUCUCAGCAGCAACGUGUCCCUGUCGGGGUGAAGCCAUGCACGCCCACGCCUGCAUGGUGACCCAUCUGGCGUGACUC